AUGGCGCGCGGAUCCCGUCUCCAGGCCUCGCUUGACCACGCAAAGUACGACGCCGCUGCGCGUGCUGCCGCUGCUAAGAAGGCAGCCAACGUCGCGGCCGCCGCCAAGGCCAAGGCGCGUCCCCGUUCAGCCGCUGAGAAGAAGGCCGACAAGAAGCGCAGGCAGGCUGCUGCCGAGAAGGAAAAGAUCCUUGCCGCUGCCCAGGCUGUGCGCAAGGCCAAGAGCUUGCAACGUGAGGUCGGCGGUGGCGAGGGAGAUGUGGACAUGAAGGACGGGGCCGACGAGGCCGAGGCGUUUGACAUGGCUGCGGCGGUCAAGAUUGCCUUUGCGUCCGACGCGACCAUCCCCAUCAAGGGCGACGACACCGUUCUCCUCCUUGGCGAGGCCAACUUUUCCUUUGCCGUCGCGCUGGUGUCUCGCGGCCACUCGGGCCACCUCAUCUGUGCCACGGCGUUUGACAGCCAGGCGGACACGUACGAAAAGUAUCCCGACGCCGAGGCCCACGUCGAGCUGCUGCGUUCCAAGAGUGUGCGUGUGGCAUUUGGCGUGGACGCCGGCGCGCUGGAAAAGUCACGCGAUGUCGGCAAGGGAAAGCGCUGGUCGAGGGCCAUCUUCAACUUUCCCCAUGUCGGAAAGGGCAUCACAGACCAGGACCGCAACGUGCGCGCCAACCAGGAGAUGCUCUUGCGGACGUUCAGGUCGGUCGCCAACGUCCUCACCGAGGGACCAUCCGCGUUCCCCAUCGUGAUCCAGAAGAAGGGCAAGAAGGGUGGUGCCAACAGGAAGAUGCCUGCGGUUAAGAAGCGGCCCGCACGCGCUGUCACCCCCGACGACGACGACGAGGUGGCACCGUCCAACCCAUUCGACGACGACGACGACGCGUACAAGGUGUCGUCUGCCAGCAUUGUUCCCGCCUCGUUCACCCCGCCCAACCGCGAAGGCUCGCUGUGCAUCACCCUGCUCUCCCAGUCCCCCUAUUCGCUCUGGGACCUCAAGUCGCUCGCGACCCGCCCGCCACCAGUGUGCCCCGGUACAGCGUCGGCAAAGUGUACCAAAUACCGCCUGCUGAGGAGUUUUGAAUUCGUCCCCGACGCGUGGCCUGGCUAUGCGCACCGCAGGACCAUUGGUUUCAAGGCUGGCGUGUCCAAGGCCGAGAACGAGGAGAUUGUCGGCAGGAUUGGAAAGGCCAGGACGUGGGAGUUUGCAAUUGCCCAGGAGGAUGACGAGUAG